AUGGCCCCCACACUCUUUGCCCUUCUCUCCUUUGGCACCUUGGCCAGACCCUCCCUCAGGGCUGAGCCAGGCUUGGUGAUCCCCUGGGGGAAGCCUGUGACCCUCUGGUGUGAAGGGUCCCCUGGGGCUGAUCAGUACUUUCUGAAGAAGGAGGGAGCCCAUAAGUACAUGGAUGAGUGUGCAGCUGGGAGGGGGGCCCAGUUCCUCAUCUCUUCCAUGGCAGCAAACACUGCUGGGAGAUACCAGUGUCUGUACAGCAUCGGACUAUCAUGGUCAGAGGCCAGUGAUGCCCUGGAGCUAGUGGUGACAAGUAGGUAUGAGCCCCCCUCCCUCUCAGCCUUGCCCAGCCCUGAGGUGGCCUCAGGACACAAUGUGACCCUCCAGUGUCAGUCACAGCAAUGGAUGGACAGGUCUGCUCUAUACAAGGAUGGAGAAGAGAUCACCCAAGGCCUGGCCCAGCCCCAUGAAAGGGGGUCUGUGGCCAACUUCCACAUCCUAGUUGUGAGCUCUACCCAUAGAGGGACUUACCGAUGCUACACCUUUGACAGUCGCAUGCCCCAGGAGUGGUCAGCCCCCAGUGAGCCCCUGGUGCUCAGGGUCACAGGUGAGGGAGCCCCAGCCCACCCCAGGUGGGAGAAUGUGAGCCCCUGGGGGGCAGGAGCUGCUGCUGGUUUUCUCUCCCCAAUCUCUGGCCCAGGCCCUCACCUGGUGCUUCAGGAGAGUGCAGGCCCGAAAGGCUGCCUGAGCCGGGGCCUCCCCAAGGACCCGGAUGGGGCUGAUCUGCUCACUCUCCCCUUGUCUUCAGCCCCAGCUUCCUCGGGCCUCACAGCAGGUGUCCUGACGGGCGUCUCAGCAUCGCUCAUCCUGUUCUUCCUCUCCCUCCUCCUCCUCCUCUGCCACCGAUGCCGUCGACUUCGCCAUCAGACCAGACUUGGGAAAGGGGGUAGAGAGACUGAGAUCAAGAAGAACAGCAGCAGCUCUGACCCAGCUGGGACCCCCCUGGAGGAGACCCUGUAUGCUGCUGUGAAGGAGGACAGACAGACAGAGGGGGCCAGACAAGAGGACACAGCUGCUCCCAAAAGGGAAGACCCUCAGGAAGUGACCUAUGCCCAGCUGAACCUCACCAGCCUCAGGGCUGGGGCUGAGGAACCUCCCUGCUCUGGCCCAGUGGAGCCCAGCCUCUAUGCUGCCCUGAGCAGGUUAUUAAUAAGGAUGAUCAAUGGAAUGGCCAUCUCUCUCAGACCAAAGACCAAAAUGGCAGUGGGCUCAAAGUUUAUAUCCCUUCUAACUGUAAGAGGUCCAUCAUAG